GCCUACACAAGGGGGGGGGGGCUGGAGGGGCAGCUGCCCCUCUUCGAAGAAGGGCAGAGGGGGCAAGAAGUGCCCUAAAAUAUGAUGACUACUUUGAAUACUCUCGUUAUGUUAAUAUCUAUUAGAAAAUACUAGAAAGAUGAUAACACCAGCACAAAAAUGUAGAGAAUGAAAGUUUGUCUGUGACAAGGUCGGCCACAUUGGGAGAGCGGCAAAGAUAAUAAAUGAUAAACAAAAGAUGUGUUCCCUCAGAAGUACUCCAGGAACCUAAGGAGGAUAAAUCGGUAUAAAAACUUAGCGGGCAAUCAAAAUUUUACAACCAGCCCAUUUAUAACAGCUAUGAUUUUUAUAAAACCAAAUAUUGUGAAUAGUGAGUGACAAAGCCAUUUAAUAACCAUUUUCAUUUAUGGAUAAUUUCGUCAACAUUUUCUUUAUGUUUAGAAUCUUUGUUGGUAAAAAUCGCAGCUGUAUGGGUGGCAAAUAUUCAAGUUAAUAUUUUAUUAUAUUACCCCACCCUCGCCCCCCUCCCACCUAGGAAUGCUCGAUUAUGUUAAUAGAAAAAUUCAAUGAUUUGCCUUCGGCACCAACACUGCCCUUCCUGCCCUAAUCUUGUGCAGGCGUCUCUGGCUGACGCUUCUUCCUGGAAACAUUUUAUUACAACAAAUCUCCCACCUAGCUUGGCAACCUCCUUGCAAACGGUGCUUCUGCACCACUGGCUUCACGUAAAAUGUAGACAUACCUUCAUAGCCCAUGGGUAAGAGCCAACGUCCGCUAAAAUCCCCCAUUUCAACCUCCCAGCUGUAAAAAGAGACUUUGUGAUGUCAGAAAAGAAAUAAAGGACCUCUGCGAUGCAUCAUUCACCCCAAUGACAGUGAAGGAACGAGAUUCUCCACAGAAAAUAACCGGAAUUAGCCAUUGGUCUUUUAGUCACUUGUUGACUUCAUCCUACGCUACUAAAGGAGCUCUUUAACACAAAUAUCUGGUUAUUAUUGGAGCCUAAAUUUAAGCUGUAAUAUGCAAUAAAAGGUGUGAGAAUCAAGGAAUACUUUAGUUCGUACACCUGGCCUAGGCCUGAGAACUGCCGUUGUCAAUCAGAGGAAGAAGCUUCUCAGUUAAAGCAUUGGGUAUUUGUGGCUUGUUUGCCAGUUUGUUUGCCAGUAUUGUUUACUUUCCACGCACUUUGCUUGACUAAGAUUUCUAAAGCCAAAUGUUCUAACUGCUGAACGAUGAAUUGACCGUAGUCGAAGUUGUCAUCAAGAUCAAAAUCUAACAACAAGAAGGAGGUAUGGAGAAACACUGACACUGUUUAAUUGCCACCUCUCUACUAGUUAACUGCCCUGAAGUUAACAGCACCACUAAACCAAACAAUAAGGAGCCCCCCCCCCAGAAGCAACCCUAGACACAUCUUCCUUGAAAAGGAGACCAUGGUACUGAAGAAAGCCCUGAGAAAUGCAGGAUAUAGAACUUCAGCUUUUAUGUUGCUACUUAUAUACAUUGAGCCAUGUGCCUCUUCAAAGCUGGUUAGAUGCCCUGGUGCAUAUUGUGGACGGACUGUAGAUACCAACUCACCUAGAAACUUAACAGAUUGUGGAAAGUGUCCUAGAGGUUACAGAUCCGAUGGAUUUAUCUGCCAUAAAUGUGCAUCAAGUCUCACAUUAUAUGACUGGUUGUAUCUUGGUUUUAUGGUGUUGCUUAUCCCAGUUCUUAAUUCAGAUUUUAUAAGUUUUUUUGAACCAAAGCGACGGUCAGUUGGAUUUCUUUACUUGACAACAGCUAUGGAAGCAUUUUUUGCCGCAAUAAUUGCACUUCUGGUUGUGGAACCAGUUGGCUCCUUAACUCUACAAUCAUGUAAAGUUGAAUCUAUAAGAGACUGGUACACGGUUUUUUUCAACCCAAAGCCAGACUACGUAAAUGAGAUACGCUGUACACAAGAAGCUGUCUACCCAUUGUACACUAUAGUUUUUUUCUAUUAUGCAAUUUGCUUGCUUUUAUCAGUGACUUUAAGACAAAUAGUCUUAUGGUUCUUGAAAGACAUUUCUGGAAGGAAGUCAACAUAUGCGUCAAUGUACUUACUGCCAAUUAUGUUGGUAACACAUGCAAUUUUUUCAGGGGUAGUUUAUUACUCAUUUCCAUACUUAAUACUGGUUGCAUCAUCAGUUGGCAAUGCAGUUUACCUUUCCAAGUCAGAUGAAUUAUGGAAGGAGUUCUUUAGAAAUCCAGAAUCUGUGGCAACAUUGGCAACAUACACUCUGGCAAAUGCAUAUGGGAUUAUAUCGAUAACUCAAUUUGAAAAUCCUCUCAGAGAUUCUUUGUUGUUGAUUUUAACUGGCUUACCUACAUUUUUCUAUUUUGUAACAUAUAGAUUAACUGAUCCAGUAAAAUUCUAUUAGAGAUUAACUCAGUCUAAUUUAGCUACAGCAAGAUGACUUAAAAUUAUGCCAAAUAAUUUUUUGUUGCCUGAAUCAUGUUAAUUAUCCUUAUUGAAUUGCCUUAAAAAUUAUGAGAAUUGCCUUAAAAAUUACCUAUGACAUUCAAACCCCCAUUUUUAGGACCCUUAUCAUUAAGUUUGCACAAAAUUUUGUUUUUUGGUUUCUAAAUAUCAAUUUUUGUUCUCAUUCCAAUCAAUCCUAAAUAGAGCACAUCUGUCUGAAAAAUUGUUGUGGAAAUCGUCUUUUUGAAAAGUGAUUCAUGUCCAUAUAGCCUUUCUUUUAUCUUUACUAAAAGUUGCUUUGUAAGCCAGUCCCAGUAUUCUAGUUAGAUUUUCCAACUAUUUGGAUAAUUUUUGCAACCAAACAAUACAAAACCUAACCAAAACCAAACCAAACAGUUUAUAUAAGGAAAGAGUGAAAUCGCACAAGGUUAACCUUGUUUGAGGAUAAGAAUGUCACAAGUUUAUAUAUAACAAGAGACAAAGUAAACUCAAGAAAGUAUCAUAAUUUGUAAAGUUCUUAUUUCUGUUUGGAUAAUUUUAGUAGAGAAGAUUUUUCUUAUUAGGUAAUAAUUUCAUCAACAUAAAAUUAUCUUUA